AUGAAGCUAGCUGGGAGUAAGCAGCGCAUCCCAGCCUCUUCAAACGGCCCGGCCCUGGCUCCCGCUCAGGGGCCAGAUACCGAGACGGAGGCUUUGUCCACACUCCAACUUGGCUCGAAUACCAAAGCGAGCACCCUCGAAAUAUGUUCCCGUACUACAGCAGUGAAGAAGACCGUCGAGCACGGCCUGCGAACUAUCGGGCCUAUCGUGCCGAGCCAAAACGACGCAGCUAUUAUGUGGAAGAACCAAGCAGGCGGAAUGCACCACCACCAUCCAGACAUGAUGCAUAUUAUCAUCCUCGCCGACGUAGCUCACGUUCGCGGCGACAACGUCCCGUUGUCAGCUACAGUCGCUAUGUGCCGACGGCGGUAG